AAACUCCAGGGGACAAAAUAAGCACGGCCGGGUCCUGAGUGGGAGCCGAGGGAAGCUUGGCUUUAGCCUUAGCAAACUUGCUCAGAUGGCGGCGCGCAUUUCGAUCUUGCCCUCCCCCACCUGCCUGUAUGACGAUCCCGUCCAGGUGAAGAUCGAGGGCCUCUCCCCGCUGCAGGAGGUGACAGUGGCGGCCUCCUUGGUGGAUGAGGCCGGUUGCCUUUUCCAAUCGCGCGCUUACUAUCGGGCUGAAGGGAACGGAGAACUGGACCUCAGCUGCUCCCCCUCGCUGGGUGGGAGCUACUGCGGGGUCGAGCCCAUGGGCCUACUGUGGUCGCUGGAAUCCACGACGCCCUAUAAGAGGCUGAGCAAGAGAAACGUCCUCACCCCUUUCUGUGUCACCUACGAGGUGUACGACGGGCGCGGAGUCCCCGGCUCGCCCCUUUGCAGCUGCCGCAGCGAGAGGCGCUUCAUGGCCGAAGGCGUGAACAGAGUGCCCGUCCGAGAAGGCCGGCUCCGAGCCACGCUUUUCUGCCCGCCCGGGCCUGGACCUUUCCCAGCACUUAUUGAUUUGUAUGGAAGUGGAGGUGGACUUGUGGAGUACAGAGCAAGUCUUUUGGCAAGCAGAGGUUUUGUUACUCUGGCGCUUGCUUUUUUAGCUUUUGAAGAUCUCCCAUCUCUCCCAGAGUUCCUUGACUUAGAUUAUUUUGGUGAAGCAAUAAAGUUCUUGCAGAGACAACAAAAGGUUAAAUCUAUGAAAAUUGGAGUCCUGGGACUGUCUAAAGGUGCAGAUCUCGCUCUUGCUUUAGCUGCAUUUUCGCCAGACAUCCAAGCUGCUGUCAGCAUUUCUGGCUCAGGGUUAAAUGCUUUUCUCCCUUUGAAAGUGAAAGGACACACCAUUCCACCUCAUCCUUGUGAUUUGAGGAAGGUCCAACUUACUGAUGAUCCAAAUGUAUUUAAUUUUUCUGAAAUAAUGGAUGACCCCAAAGACCCAUCGACCUGGCCAUGCCGCAUCCCUGUUGAAAAGUCCUUAAGCAAGUACCUCUUCAUAUGUGGACAGGAUGACAAAAACUGGAAAAGUCAAAUGUUCUGCCAAGAAGCUGUUAGUCGCCUUCAGCAGAAAGGACGUCAUGUGGAGUUCUAUUGCUAUCCUGGAGCUGGGCACCUCUUGGAGCCUCCUUAUAUGCCCUUGUGCUAUAUUUCAUUUCACAAGAUAAUUGGGUUCUAUAUAAUCUGGGGUGGAAAGUGGAAAGAACAUGCAGAGGCACAGGAAGAUGCCUGGCAAAGAAUAUUGGCUUUUUUCAGACAACACUUGCUGGAGUCAACUUUGAAAAGUACUUUAUAGGCUGCAGUUCCAUACUUGCUUGUAAAAAAAGGCAGAAUUGCUCGUGCUGCUUUAGAUGUCAGUUGCUAACCAAGUUAAACUCUGAGUGAUGGUCUUUAGAAUGUAUAUUUUGCCACUUUCAGGUACACUCAUGGGGCGCCACAAUUUUUAUUAGUUGGUGAAAACACUUCCAGCUGGAGACACUUAAAUCACCUUACACAUACAUCAUAUGUAAUAAACAGAUCUAUCCUUCAGUUGCAGUUGGAGUAUUUCAUAUUGAUAGACCUGAGUAAAACCUGAAUAAUCUGACUUGCAAAUUGUUUCGUGGACUAGAGGCAAACCAUAAGGGUGUAUUAGGUGUCGCCAUGCUUUUGGUGGGCCCACACAAGUGAAUUGCACAUGCAUAUACAACCCACCAGAAUACAGUUGCCAUACCCCAUAAACAAUUUCUGCUUCCACCUCGAUGCAACAUACAGAUUCUCUCCCAGCUGUACAUCUUUGUAAUUGGAUAUUUAAGGUUACCCUCGUAGUAAAAUGCUUAAGCUACU